CGCUGCGGGGGCUCCUCUAGCUGCCCCGCUCCUGCCGGGAGCUGCUGCUCUUCUGCCGCCAGGGAAACGGUCUGAGCUGGACCAGCACCGGCUCUGUCCUUUGACAUUCUUGUUUGUGAAGAUGGAAAACUUAAUCUCUCUGGAAUCAAGCUUUUACUUGAGAUAACUGAAACCUUGUGUCGCUAAGCUCACCUGGAAGAACACCCCGAGAUGGCAGAGGAGAGCGGCAGUGGCAGGGAUUGUGACUCCUUCAGCGUGCUUAGCUGGGACCAGGUGAGCCGGCUGCAUGAGGUCCUGACCGAGGUGGUCCCCGUUCAUGGCCGAGGCAACUUUCCGACCUUGGAGAUCACUCUGAAGGACAUCGUCCAGACGGUCCGCGGGCAGCUGGAGGAGGCUGGUAUCAAAGUGCAGGAUGUCCGGCUGAAUGGUUCUGCUGCAGGCCACGUCCUGGUCAAAGACAAUGGCUUGGGUUGCAAAGACCUGGACCUGAUCUUCCACGUGGCUCUCCCAACGGAGGCCGAGUUUCAGCUGGUCAGGGAUGUGGUGCUGUGCUCCUUGCUGAACUUCCUGCCCGAGGGUGUGAACAAACUCAAAAUCAGCCCGGUCACUCUGAAGGAGGCGUACGUCCAGAAGCUGGUGAAGGUCUGCACGGACACUGACCGCUGGAGCCUCAUCUCUCUCUCCAACAAGAAUGGGAGGAAUGUGGAGCUGAAGUUCGUCGACUCCAUCCGGCGGCAGUUUGAGUUCAGCGUGGACUCCUUCCAGAUCAUCCUGGAUCCCUUGCUGGUCUUCUACGACUGCUCUGCUGGCCCCAUCUCGGAGCACCUGCACCCCCAGGUGAUCGGGGAGAGCGUGUACGGGGACUUUGAGGAAGCCUUGGACCACCUGCAGAACAGACUGAUCGCCACCAAGAACCCCGAGGAGAUCCGGGGCGGGGGUCUUCUCAAGUACAGCAACCUCCUCGUGCGGGACUUCCGGCCCACCAACCAGGAUGAGAUCAAGACUCUGGAGCGCUACAUGUGCUCCAGGUUCUUCAUCGACUUCCCCGACAUCCUGGAGCAGCAGCGGAAGCUGGAGACCUACCUCCAAAACCACUUCGCCGAAGGGGAGAGGAGCAAGUAUGACUACCUCAUGAUUCUUCGCCAGGUGGUGAACGAGAGCACCGUGUGUCUCAUGGGGCAUGAGCGGAGACAGACCCUGAACCUCAUCUCCCUCCUAGCCUUGCGAGUGCUGGCCGAACAGAACAUCAUCCCCAAUGCCACCAAUGUCACCUGCUACUACCAGCCUGCACCUUAUGUCAGCGACGGCAACUUCAACAACUAUUACGUGGCCCAUCCUCCGGUGACCUACAGCCAGCCCUACCCGACCUGGCUGCCCUGUAACUAGCCGUGAGACCGGAGGGUUUCCACAGUGGGACCCCCAUAGGCUAGGGCUCUCAGGUAGGGGAGCCUCCUUCUAGAUGUAGGUGUUUGGCUUUUAAAGGGGAACUCAGCUCUGAUUCUGCCUUUUUUGUUGUUGUUCUUUGCCCAUUGGAAUGGGUCAACAGUCUUAUCAUGAGCCAACCCUAAGAAGACCCACUAUUCCAGUGCCGCUUUGGAAAAUGCUAUCGGAAGUCUGACGUACCUAGGCGUAGCCUUCUCAGACAGACGCAAACAAGUCACGCCUCACACUCCUUUGUGAGCUCUGUGCGUUCACUGAGAUGGGGGAGAUGCUCCGGCUGGGUCUGAGAAAGCGUUUCUGCCGCCAGUCUUCUCACUUGUGCCUCACAUAAGCCAUGUUGGCCCUCAUUAGGGAUUCUCAGGAAAGUCGUGCCGAUAGUCUUAAGUGGAUGUCUCAGCUUUCGUUGGGCAGGUAGUGAGGGGUGUUCUUGUGGCUUCAUUUGUGUUGAUGCGACUAAGUUGCCUACAUUCGUUCCCUUUCAGAGAGCUGAGGAUUUCUUUCAUUUCCCCCAGAAAACAAAGUCAGUUGCUGGAGAAUUGAGAUCUAGUUGCAAGUGUUUUCUGGUUUAAAUGCGAGUCUAUCAUGAGGAAUUGUGAGAGAUUACUGAGGAAAAAAAAAAAAAAGACAACCUGUUUCUUGAAA